UGAGGAACCAAGGUCAGGGCGUCACUUCCGGAGGAAACGGGCGCGGGAGAUUCGAAUGGAGAGUGUUUGUUGAGCUGCUGCGCCCAGCUGGCCUGAGUCACUUGAGCGUUACCUGAGGAGACCCCUACACCUUUGCCAAAGGUCCCAGUAUAAACACAUGACUAGAAAAAGAAAAUUUCUUCUUGCCUCAGUACUUGCUCUCCAGAAUUUGAGUUUUAUGUACCCAUCAUGUCAAAAGUGCUUCUCUCGGAUAAUCCUUGGCUCCAAAAGAUCUAAUUGUCCAAAAUGUGGCUCUACUGGUGAAGCAGAAAAUAUAAGUUACAGAUAUAAACUUUCCUUAAAAGUUGCAGAAUCAAACAAAUUAUUUAUCAUUACUGUAUUUGGAAGCUGCUUAGAUGCAUUUUUUGGUCUUACUGCCACUGAUUUGCACAGAUACAUUCAGGAUCCUAAUAAAAUUCCAGAAACACUGGACAGUGAUACAGCACAGGACCUGUUAACCAAAGCAGUUGAAAUUUGCUUUGUUGGGCAAAGCUUUAUUUUUGGAGUGACGAAUUUUGAAAACCAAUAUGGACAUGGUUCAGAUUCUAGUAACUUCUUACAAAGGUGUCGUGAUGUAAGAAGAGAAAUCAGAGCACUAGUAGCUUGCCAGAUUAUUCUGCCAGACCCACAUGUUGCAGGCUUCACUGUCAUUGGCUAUUUCCAUCAGCUUUUGCAGACUUCCAAUUUGAGGAAACUACACUGUAAUUCCCAGGAACCUAACAGCCAGUUAUUUUCUUUAGAUCAGUCAAAUAGUGAUCUCAGCAGCAUACAUGGUUCUGAUAGUACAUCCUGUUUUUUGGAGUCUCAUAGUACAGAUAAUAUUUCAAGAUUCUGUCACCUACCACUUGAACUCACCUCCACUGUUUCACUAACAGAUAAUGAUGAUGUUUCAGCUUCAGAAAAAAGCAUGGCCAUUGCUACUCUUCACCAAAACAGAAAGAGUAUGUCCUUUGCAGAGACCACUGGUUCCAAUGAUUGCCAUGAUUCCAUUCAGGGUUCGUGGAGCUUUGUUUUGUAUAUGGACAAAAAAAGUACAACAAAAAAUUUGGGUGAAGAACUUAGCUUACAAGCUAAUCAACUGAGUGUAAUUCACAGCAGUCAUCAUGAAACUAGAAUUACAUCUAAUUUAUUCCCUUUGAAAAUGCAAGAGCCCCUUGAGUCAAGUAGUGUAGAAUCCUUCCACAAUGCAGUAGGAAUUAAAAAUGAGUAUUCCCAGGAUGAGCUGCCAUGUUACCAGCAUCAUGAUGUAGACAGCACCACUAGCCAUCAAGAGACCUUUACCUGUUGUUUACCUGCAUCACCCAGACCUGAAGAGGUAAACAACAGUUCCCAGGAUUUUGACCCUGUGGUUUGGGAUGAUCUUCCAUUAUCUGAAAGCCUGGACAAGUUUCUGGCAGUUGUUGAAAGUGAGAUUCCUAAAACCCCAAGAGAUAACAGGAAUAAGAAACAUAAUGUAGAUAAUGACAUUGAUAAAUUCCAUGCAGACUACUAUACCAGGUUAUCUGUGUCUCCCUGGAGAACUGGAACACUACAUACACCACCUGUAACUUCAACAUCAUCACAAGCAACAGACAAAGCAAACUCUAGCAAAAAUAACUUCUUUUCCAACUGUGAAGCAAAUCAAAGUCCUAGUAUUCACAAGGAGUCACAACCAGAUAACACAGCAGAUGCUGUCUCCAUAUGCAGGAAUAGACCAACAGAAGCUAUCUCUGCAAACAGUAAUGGAAGUGGUGUUUCAGAAUAUUGUCUCCGAAACACUUGUCUGUCAGCUCUGUUUCCAUCUUCAAAAGAUUUAGAAACAACUGUUACUGUAAAGCAAACUAUCAAAAUUCUACCACAUAGAGAUAAAAUUUCAUGUACCCCCAGUACUUCAGAGAAUGACCAUUCUUAUCUUAGUAUCAAAUAUUUUGAUGGACGUGGAAAACAGCCACUUUCACAAGUGAAUGAAAAGUUAACAACUUUGUGUUCUAAGACAUACAGUGAUGUUUCUGGUCUUUGCAAAUUAGAAAACAAACAUAUGUGGCCAAAGAACCAACAUGACAGUCUUACAAUUUGUAGGAAACUUAUAUAUCCUUUAGAAACUCUUUGCAGUAAUCCAGGUAGAAGUACAAAUACAUCAAAAGAAACAUCAUAUGGACGUAUAGAUAAUUUAACACAAAGCUCUCCUGGUUAUGAAGGUAGCUACAAUGCUUCUGCUGAUCUGUUUGAUGAUAUUGCUAAAGAUACAGACAUUACAACAGAAAUUACAAAAAAAUCAGAAGAUAUUUUGUUACAGUGGGAAACAUCUUUGGCAGGAAGUCAUCUUGAAGAGUCUUGUUUUUUACUAAAAUCACUUUCUGAAAACUCCACUCAGUCUUCACCCUUGCAAAGCAUGCCUGCCUUUGUGUAUCCAAGAAAAUGUUCUCCUCUGCCUCAUCUUCAGUCAGAUUUGGAAUAUGAUCUUGAAGAUAGCCAAGACUUUGUUCCAUGUUCACAGUCAACUCCAGUUUCAGGAUUCCACCACACAAGAACUCAUGGAAUACAUGGAACUUUCAAAAAAUUACCUACAUUUUAUGCAAAUCUUAAUACUAACUAUAAAAAAACACAAGUUUCUCCUGAAAAUAACAAACAGCAAGCCACUCCAAGUUGUCCGCAAAAUAUAAAAAUAUCUAGCCAGAAAUCUAGAAGCCCUGUUAUAUCUAGUAUUACACAACCAGAGAUUUUCAACCACUGUACUGUUGCUGAGUGCUUUGAAACUGAUGCUUAUGAAUGGGUCCCCCCUACCACAACAAAAGUGUUUCAUUCAGAUAUGCUUGAAUUACAAGUCAUGGGUUUAAAGAAAUGCCUUGCUGCCCAUAAUUCCCCUGGCCAAAAAGAGGUACCAAGAAAGAAACUGAAACAUACCAAACAAAGAAAUGAUGUAUAUUUCAUUAGGAAGUUUAAAAAUGUGUUUACAGCAAUAGGUGCAAAACAGAAAACUAAAUAUAACUGUAAAAGUUCAGGCCAGAUUUCCAAAGAGUCGGUUUUUGGACUUGAUUCUUUUUCAGGAAACUGUCUACUUUCAGUGUCUGAAGCAAAAAGUGCUUGGUCACCUGAGUUGUUUUCAUAAAAAAAACAAAAAAUUACCUGAACCCAAUUCCUAGACUUUUAAACAAAGAUAAAUCUCGAAAAUUUUGCCUCUAGUGGCACAGAAAAUAUUCUUUAAAUUUUGCACACUUGAAGAAUAAAUAGAGAAGACUGUAGUGGGUGCUAUUGAGUCUUUAAAAUGUAAAGCAAUUGUUUCCCCCAGUGUUUUAUCCAGAAUAUUGUUAUUUAGAUACUUGGGCACUUUAUCUUAUACUGUCAAUUGUACUUUAGUAAUAUUGUCAAUUUUUCUCUUCAGAAAUGUUUGUUAAAAUCACAUGUACACCCAGAAAUAAAAGCUUUGCAAACCAAAACAAA